UAUUAUUUUUUCUGUGAAUCAUCAUAUAAAACCCUAAUAUAUUUGCAGAGCUCUCGUUUCAUUAACAUGGCAAAUAUAUCAGUCUUAUCAUUGAUUGAUGUCAGCUUUGACAUGGAUGAAGCUUUAACUCUGCCUCCAAAUUUCGGGCACCAGAUCUCAGAAUCGAACACUUUGGUCGAUGAAAUGCCGACAGUAACAUCAUCGGCCCAUGAUGUUUGUUCGAUUUGCAUGGAAGGUUUUGAAGAAUGUGUAAGAAUUGGGAAGAAAGUGGCUUGCGGCCAUGUUUACCAUGCACCUUGUAUCUCUUCUUGGCUUUCUAAUUGUAAUUCUUGCCCUCUUUGCCGGUUCGAUAUCUUCCCUGCUGCAAAAUAGUUAGCAGAUAAUUUUUUUAUGAUCAUUUCAUUUUGUUUAGCUCACAGUUAGGUAACCAAUGCAUAGGAUCACAUCGAUUUUUUUCUCUAUCAAUUAGUCUGUAUUAUAAUGUUGGCUUUUCCUUUUAAUAUGGAGGAAGAUGAACCAUUUUACCUUUUCUAA